CUCAUAGGUGAGCUUGAAUGUGACGUCUUCUUUGAUGGCACUCAAUUCAAAGGAACAUGUUACCUAACAAACCGUCCAAAGCUUGACGUAAUUGGCCUUGACUGGGUCGAGAAACUCGGUCUCCUGGAACUGCCACUCAACCACAUUUGCAAUGGUGAACAGUUAACUUGGCUGAGUCCUGCCAAAUUGACGCAGCUGGCGGCAAAGUUGAUUUCAACCCUACGAGCGAAGUUUGCUCCAGUUUUUCAGGACAGUCUUGGCUGCUGCUGCAACAAGAUACAGGUCACUCUCCGCCUUCAACCUAGAGUCUUCAAACCCAAAAGACCAGUUCCUUAUGUUGCACAUAUUGUGGUUGACCAGGAACUUGAUUGUCUUUAA